CCGGCGCGCGCCCCGCACGGCCCCAUGGUGGAGCACGCGCUCGUCGACUGCUCCCAGGCGAGCGCCAUGCAGACCGUCCCGCCGCCGCAGCGCGAGGCCGACGGCGACCAGCUCGCCGACGAGUAUGUGCAGAACUUCGAGCUCGACCACCUGGAGGACCACCACCUCGUGAAGCGUGAGCCGCUGCGCAGCGGCUGGCACGAGCUCAUGGAGACCCCGCCGGCCUGCGCGCGCGCCUGCCGCCCCUGGCCCGACGCGGGGCCCUACCCGCAGCCGCACGUGGCCAUCGCCGUGGACCCCAGCACGCCGCCCGAGACGCCGCCCGCGCCCGUGGGCCGCAGCCCGUGCCGCGCCGCGCUCGUGGACGACGUGCUGUGGCUGCCGCACAUGCGGGAGCCGCUCGACAUGCGCACCGUGCCCUGCGGCAACUUCGAGGACUGGGACCGCCGCGAGUGGCGCGAGCAGGACCACCACAUGCAGCAGGUGGCGCUGCGGCCCGCCAGCUCCUGCUCGGCCGUGUCGCCGCGCACCGGCCAGCACCAGUCCUACCCCGGCUCGUCGUGCGGCGACGACCUCAUCAGCGACGACCUCCUAAUGACUCUGAGUGUGCGUGAACUGAACAAGCGGCUGCACGGCUUCCCGCGCGAGGACGUGACGCGGCUGAAGCAGAAGCGGCGCACGCUGAAGAACCGCGGCUACGCGCAGAAUUGCCGCAGCAAGCGGCUGCAGCAGCGCCAGGAGCUGGAGCUGACCAACCGCUCGCUGCAGGACGAGCUGCACGUGCUGCAGCUGCAGGUGGCGCGCGUGACGCACGAGCGCGACGUGCUGAAGCAGCGGCUGGCGCUGGUGGGGCGCGAGCACGCCGUGCCGCAGCACGCGCCGCCCACGCCGCACUCGUCGCCCGAGUUCUUCUCGGAGCUGUGACGGCAGGGCGCGGCGCCGCGCGCCGGCGCCUCCGCCGCAGCCUCCUCCGCCUGCGCCUGGCAGCGAUACUGAAGGCGCGCGCGACACGACUCUCGUGCUUUUGUUAAGUUUGAAAUUUAAUUAUCAUCGGUUCCAGUUUAUAGUUUUCUUUAUCAUUAUGGUGGAACAAUUUAGCCGAGAAUUCCGUCGGGAAGGCUACUGAAACACCGUGUUAAAUGUAUGGUUGUGUCGUAAAUUUAUGCAUAUGCAUAGCUUCGUUAAAGUAUAAUGUGUACUAUUAAAAUUAUACAUAAGUUGAUACUAUGACUCAAACAACUGAUUAAUCUAAUAAUUGUAAAUAGAUACAUUUAAAAAACAAAAAUAUCUAUAG